AUGCGUCUUGACGCAUCAAGUGUCGUAGUUAAUUAUUUACUCCUCGAAAGAACUAAAAAAUGAACCAGUGAAAAUCUCUUUCUCAAGGAAAAUCAUGACUCCCGAGGAUUUCUGAUAGUUGAAGAGCAUUUUUUUAAUGAAUUCAGUGCUAAAUUUCGUCGUUUCGAGUGUCCACUCACCCAUCGAAUGAUUGAUACCAGUGUUUUUCGCUGUAAUGCACACACCAUAAACACGUAAAUUGGUCCUUGAAUCAUAUGAUACAGCAAAUUGAAUGGUUUGAGGAGACGAGAAGAGUCUGACAAAUGGGCGGAGUUUAGUCAAUUUUUGUCUUGACAAUUCCAAAUCAUCAGAAUUGAAUGUUGUUGUCGUUGGUGUGAGUCACGGUGAUGAGACAAUUGUCAUUAAAAAACUGAGGGUGACUUGGUGAAGGCUGUUUUACUCCUAGAAUCUGGAGUAGUUGUCGCUGUCAGGUAGCUUACGCGAGGUGAAUACUGAGUUGGGAAGUGAUCAGGAUGGCCAGUUGUGCGAGCAACGGGGAGGACGCGGAGAUGGUGGAGAUCGGGGUCGAUGGGGAUGAUGUGGAUGAGGAAGAGUCGGAUGGUGUCACUGUACCGGAGCUGCAGGGGACGCUGUCCAAGUGGACGAACUACAUUCAUGGGUGGCAGAUACGGUUCAUUGUUUUGAAGGAUGGCACGUUGUCCUAUUACAAGUCGGAGCAGGACAGUGGGUUCGGGUGUCGGGGCUCCAUCAGUCUUUACAAGGCUGAUAUCAAGGGUCAUGAGUUUGACGAGUGUCGAUUUGACGUGUCAGUGAAUGAUUGUCUGGUGUGGUAUCUCAGAGCAAAUUCUCCGGAGGAGAAGCAACGCUGGGUUGACGUAUUAAAAUCGUACAAAGCUGAAUCAGGAUAUGGAAGUGAGAACAGUUUAAAACGUCACGGAAGUACAGUCUCCCUGAUAUCGAAUACUCAGUCCACGACGAGUGGUGGAAGUUUCAGCAAACGUAUCUCGCGAAGUUUGAAGGAAAAGCUGAAUGAACUGGAGACAUUCAAAGACAUCCUGAGCCAGCAAGUUGAUACACUCCAAAAAUACUUCGAUAAUUGCGCUGAAAAUGCGAAGAAUUCGGGGAAAACUGAUAGAAACGACUCGUUCGAUCCAGCCCUGCAGUCGGUGGAUUUUAAGGGCGAGGCUAUCACGUUCAAGGCGACCAGUGAAGGAGUGCUAGCGACCCUCCAGCACUGCGUGGAGCUGAUGAAUCAACGUGAAGACGCGUGGCGGAGGAAACUGGAGAAAGAGACAGAGAAGAAACGAAAGAUGCAGGAGUUGUAUAGGGCACUGAAGGAGCAGGUGAACGCGCAGAAGGGGGACACUACUAGGCCCAGGGUGGUCAUCCAUGGUGGCCCUGAUUACGAGGAAGGCCCACAUAGUGCUCUGUGUGACGAGGAGUUCUACGAUGCUGUCGAGACGGGAUUGGAUAAGAUUGAUGAGGACAAUCAAUUGCGAGAUCGUCUCAAGAAGAAGUCAGUGUCCGUUGCGUUGAGUCCAGUGACACCAGCUAAAAGUCAUAAACUGUGGCCUGAGAUCGAGAAAGUAACCCUCCAGCAACUGCACUACGCCCGUUUGGGAGUGGGUGGUGCAGGUGGCUGGCAAUUAUUCGCCGAGGACGGUGAGAUGAAGAUGUACAGGCGCGAGGAGGAGGCAGAUGGUCUCGUAGUGGACCCCCUGAAGGCUUGCCACAUGGUGAAGGGUGUGACGGCACGAGAAGUCUGCGAGAUCUUCUUCAGUCCGGAGUACAGAAGUGGCUGGGAGGCCACCCUCGAGGACAUGACUGUUGUCGAGACAAUUGCCAGUGAUACAUUAGUCUUUCUCCAGACGCAUAAGAGAAUUUGGCCGGCUAGCCAGCGCGACGCUCUGUUCUGGUCUCACAUGCGGAGUGUAGCUGACAGUGAGGAUCAGGAUGCCGCUGAUUUGUGGAUUGUUUGUAAUCAUAGCACGGAGCAUCCUCAAUAUCCGCCAAAUUCUGGAAAAUGUGUCAGGGUCUACUUGACAGUCUGCCUAGUCUGUCAAACAUUCAUUGAUCCACCGAAAGAUCCAAAGAACAUACGUCGAGAAGAUCUGACAUGUAAAAUUACAUACUGCUCUGUUGUUAAUCCUGGUGGUUGGGCACCAGCUGCAGUCCUCCGUGCUGUGUACAAGCGUGAGUAUCCAAAAUUCCUGAAACGCUUCACCAAUUUCUGCAUCGAUCAAUGCAAAGACAAACCAAUUAUGUUUUAACUAAAACCAUUAAGCUACGUUAUUUCGUAUUUUUUCAUCGUUUCCUCGAUUAAUGAGCAUUAUACUUCAAUCUGCAAUUUUUACUCAUCUGUCGCUAUAUAAAUGUAAAUUUUGUCACAAAUUGUGUGAAAGAGAAAGAUGAAACUUGUACAAAAUGAACAAGAAAAAGAGUAAAUAACAAUGAAGAUGAAAAUUCAUUGAGAAUCAUUAUCCAUUGUUACAUUCUGCCAGUUAUAAUUGUAUUCGCCUCUGUAUAAUACGGGAAAAAAAAUACAAUUUAUAUUGUUACUUUUAUUUAUACAAUGAAAAAGAAAAUGUGGAAAGAGAAUUGUGUAAAAUUGUGAGCAAAUAAUGAAUGAAACUUAAUAAAGACUGUUCUAGAUUUAUGCUAUUACGAAAAAUUAAUUAAAAAUAUACAUAUAAUAUUGCUUAGUUCUGACAGUGCGAUCCUGCCUAAUUGAAAAUAAAUGGACAUUUUGAGCUCA